AUGUCCUUGCGCGAGUACAAGUACGCGAUGGCACUCUUGUCUCUCGUAUGCAGAGCGUUCAGAGACGAGGGCCAGAAACGUCUCUUCCGGUUCAUCGCAUAUCACAAGAAUUUCGAGCUGGGAGGGAGAGAAUCAGAGUACAGCCUUCCAGCCUCGCGCCAGCUCUGGCACGACCUGCUGCAUAGCGGCAAUACCCGAGCUCAACACCUUGCCGGAUAUGUUCGCGAGUGCACGUUCACCUCUACUAGCUGGACAGCCGGGAACGAUUUCACCACCCCCACUUUUGUCCCCGCGACGCUGCAUUUUCGUCGCAUGGAAAAGGUUACGAUACGAGACAUCAUAGUCAACGCAAGCAUGCUCAUCACGCUCGUUGGCAUGCCUUUCCUUCGUACUGUCACGAUAGAAGAAGGCGCACUCGUCGCCGGAUCCGCAGACCUGCAGUUCCGUGCAGCUCUGGCACCCUCCACGAGCAAAUGGACAAGUUUCACCUUCAAACCAGCUUUCUUCGGGACCGCGUGGUCAGGCUUUCUGCAAAAGAUUGUGAAUUUGGACGGUCUCGAAUAUCUGUCGUACGACGUCGGGCGAAUCAAUCCUGCGCUAGUACUGUUCCGAUCCGACUCUGUGGUGUUGUGUCUCAAGGAGCUGUUCGUUCGCCUAGAGAGCAGCUUACUGACUGGGCUGGUUCCUAUCUUGGAGCGCGCCCCUAGGCUCUUCCGGCUAUCAAUAUCCCAUCGUCACUGUCCGGAUUCUACGACAUGGCAGCAGCCCAAUCCUCUUCCGCUGAGUAUCAUACCCCACUUACAAGAACUAAUUACGACGCAUGAGAGUGUGGUCUCGUGGCUACUUCCAGGGAGCUGGACAGCCGGGAACGAUUUUACUACCCCCACUUUUGUCCCCGCGACGCUGCAUUUUCGUCGCAUGGAAAAGGUUACGAUACGAGACAUCAUAGUCAACGCAAGCAUGCUCAUCACGCUCGUUGGCAUGCCUUUCCUUCGUACUGUCACGAUAGAAGAAGGCGCACUCGUCGCCGGAUCCGCAGACCUGCAGUUCCGUGCAGCUCUGGCACCCUCCACGAGCAAAUGGACAAGUUUCACCUUCAAACCAGCUUUCUUCGGGACCGCGUGGUCAGGCUUUCUGCAAAAGAUUGUGAACUUGGACGGUCUCGAAUAUCUGUCGUACGACGUCGGGCGAAUCAAUCCUGCGCUAGUACUGUUCCGAUCCGACUCUGUGGUGUUGUGUCUCAAGGAGCUGUUCGUUCGCCUAGAGAGCAGCUUACUGACUGGGCUGGUUCCUAUCUUGGAGCGCGCCCCUAGGCUCUUCCGGCUAUCAAUAUCCCAUCGUCACUGUCCGGAUUCUACGACAUGGCAGCAGCCCGAUCCUCUUCCGCCGAAAAUCAUACCCCACCUACAAGAACUAAUUACGACGCAUGAGAGUGUGGUCUCGUGGCUACUUCCAGGGAGGUCCGUGUCAUCGUUGACAAUCAGCGGCGAUGCAAGUAGCGGCGAAGCGUUCCUCGCCGCUACAAAAACCUCCGCAGCCGGCAUACGCGAGCUGAAUAUCUCUGUCGACCUGCUAUACAUACUAGCACAAGAAGGCUGGCCUGCUCUGCGUACUCUCUCCGUUCAACAAAGCACCACGCCUAAUCUGCAAAGCCUGCCGCUGCCUGUGAGUUUACUCAAACAAAGCGCCUUCAGGGCACUUCAGCCGCUUCCCUCGGUCACUUCGUGGGUGUAUCACAUCGGCAGCAGACACAGGAAAGAUCGGGUGGACCUAGUCAACCUGCGUCUUCAACAGUCGGAAAUAAUUACCAAGUUGGAAAUCACAUUCCCGAACGCAGACCGAUUCAGAUUUGGCGAGGCCAUCGAAUGGCGACGAGAUGGUUCAGGGUCAAGAGAGUGGAGACCAUGCGUGCACUCUCGGAUCUUGCUCUUGGAUUUAUUGGUUGAGGAAUACGACGAGAUGCAGGACGUGGCUGGGUUCCUAGCGGUCUUUCGAGCCGCAAAUAAUUAUUGUAAAGACAUGGAACUGAAUGGCUGCGGUACUGUGUUCGUGUGGGUAGAUGCUGUCUGUAUCAUAUAUCAUGAGGCGUCGUAGCUGCAGCAAUGUGUACAGAAAUACAUGGCAAUUCGCGU